UUCUACCAUGUGUCCGCAAUCUGUCAACGGCAGCGGUGCCGUGCGCGAGUAGCAGCUCGCACGAGAAACGUGACGCUGAUCUUUGUAUAGAGGUUAUACAUCAUACGUGACAAGUAUACAGAGUUGGUCCCAGUACAAUCAUCAUUGCAAUCAUGGAUCGGGCAUUUUUGAACGUGAUUAUCCUGAGCCUGGGAUUCAUGCUGGUCUUCACGGCGUUUCAAACGAUGGGCAACAUAGAGAAAACCAUCCUGUCCAGCAUCCACGCCGAGUUCAACGAUUUCAAUGGUGAUGCAUACAUCAGUUUGGCCAUAAUCUACGCAGUGUUCGCUACCUGCAAUUGGUUGGCGCCGUCGUACAUCUCGGUAACAGGUCCGCGGGUGGCGAUUCUCACCGGUGCUCUCUGCUACGUCCUGUUCAUCGCCUCAUUUUUCUGGCCGCACGAUGCUGUUCUGUACACCGCGUCCGCUAUUGUCGGCGUGGGUGCCGCGCUCAUAUGGACCGGUCAUGGUCAAUACCUGACGGAGAACAGCGACAACGACACGAUGUCACGGAACGCCGGAAUAUUCUGGGCGAUCUUCCAGAUGUCUCAGUUUGCCGGCAAUCUAUUCGUCUUCUUCGUCUUCAGCGAUUCGGAGACCAUCGACGCUCCUAAACGGAAGAUCGUCUUCUCGGUGCUCACUGGGGUCGCGGCGGUCGGCACCUUGGCACUACUAAUCCUGAGAAGGUCGCCGCAGAGGCUGUCGUUGGGCGAGGCUGAGGGGGUGUCGAGCGCCGACAAGGAACUGCGGCUGCCCGAGCCGGUACGCGAGAGACCGUUGCUGACCGCUUGGCGCGCCUUCAAGGAUGCGGUCAAGCUGUUCAUCACGCCAAACAUGCUGCUGUUAUCGUUGACGUUCAUCUACACUGGCUUGGAGCUCACUUUCUACUCCGGCGUGUACUCCAACAGCGUCGGCUUCACCGAGGGAAUGGGCGAGAAACGCAAGAGCCUCGUGGGACUGUCCGGUAUCUUCAUCGGGGUGGGCGAAGUCGUGGGCGGCGCGAUUUUCGGUAUCCUCGCGUCCAAGAUAUCUGGCAGGUGCGGCGGCUGGCCGGUAGUGAUCACCGGCCUGUUCGUGCACUUAUUUGCGUUCAUCAGCAUCUUCCUGAAUCUGCCAAACGAUGCACCGUUCGCGGACACGGCCAACAAGGGUUUCAUCGAACCCUCGCCGAUCCUCGCUAUGGCGGGCAGUCUUGCUCUCGGCUUCGGCGACGCUUGCUACAACACGCAGGUGUACUCGCUGCUGGGUGUUCUGUUUGCAAAGGAGAGUGCGCCGGCCUUCGCUCUCUUCAAGUUCUGUCAGUCGGUCGCGGCGGCCAUCAGUUUCUCGUACAGCCCCAACGCCGGGCUACACAUACAACUCGCGGUGCUCUUAGUGACGAUAUUUUUCGGCACAGCAGCCUUCUGUUACGUCGAGCACAGAACCAAAAAGACGAAGGACGAGGUCCCACGGGAGAUUGAUCCGGCGCUAGUCGACGCCACGAGCGGCGAUGAUUGAUAAAAAGAGUGCUAAAAUGUUUUAGGACACGCGAAAAGACACGCAGCGGAAUCGGACGUGCACGAGAUCUCGCGCGGGAGAUCUCGACAGAUGAGCACGUGGGAGACCACGUUGGAAAUACAGCAGACACGCACAAUGGCUCAAAUGAGCGUUGAAAGAAAUUAUUUUAAUAUUUUAAUGAAUAGGUAAGGUGUUUUAGAUAUUACGUAAUGCCUAAAUCCUUUCAUAAUCGUUAGGGACUCUUCACGAUAUCGUAUUUUAAAUACAUUGAAUUUAGAAUACGGUAUUUUCAAUAGAAAUUUGUUUCUCUUUGCCGCCGUGGAACAAUUACGAGUUGUAGCGAUUUUUAUCUUUUAUACGAUAUUGAAAAAAGUCUCUAUAACGUAUUCUUUAAAGUAUCAUCACACAUGUGGUCCAUUAGGCAAGAAAGACUUUCAUGUCGUGAUUAACUAGUCUGUAACACGAGUCAUACGACUUGCGUUUAACUAGUCUGUAACGCAGUAUAUCAACCUUAUGUCUGAUCAUAUAUGUGUACAAUGCAUGAGUGUGUACCGGCACGACGUUUAUAGCUCAAGACACAAUCGAAUUAUUCACGAUCAGACUUAAGGAUUCUGUUCCUUCGUCAAUCAGCGCUUAGCACGAGCAUUGUGACGAAUGUGGAUUAGCUGAAUGUACAGGAUGCGUUAAAAAUCAGGCACCUUUCUAACGAUUAUUAAUCUACGUAGUGCAAAUCAAGACGCAGUGAUUUUAUCCAUUCAACAGAAAUUAAUUGCAUAUAAGAAAUUUAAUUUCAAAAUUAAAUCGUAUUGAAGCUAUGAUGAACUACGUAAAAGGGUGAAAGGACACGUUAAUUUUUCGCUCCUGAAAAUUUUAAUGUGACAAGAUUUGAGAAUCUGCCUGACUUCUCACGCAUCCUUUACACAUUGCGUGUUGAAUAUCCACACUAUCGUUUCUUUAUAUUUAAUUUCAAUUUCAUUACGAAUAAGCGCGUUAGAUUAGGAUCUUACGCAUUUAAUAUAAUUUAGCAAUGAACGUAGCGACUAAAGAUAAUGGAUAAAACAACUAAAAUAGUCAAUGAUGAUCGACUGUUCUCUUGAUAAUCAAAAUUACACAGCCGGUGUUACAUGAUUCUGAAGAAUAUAUAUAUAUGUGUAUACGAGACAUCGUGAUAUCUGUAACGGACGUUUCGAGCGCAUUCCCAUUUGUACAAUCCUCAAAAAGGAAUUCGCCAGAUUUCAAUCUGUUAUAUUUACACGUUGAAAUCUCUAGCAUUCCGCAAUGUAAAUAUACUUCUUUCUCCACAUAGAAGAAUUAUAUCACUCCUUGGACAUGUACCUGAAGACGAUUGCAUGAUCCACUUUGCAGGCACGUGCAAUUUCGAUCAUGUAAGCGAUCAAUAUUGAGAAUGAUCAUUAUUGUUUUUUAUUAUCGAAUAGUUUAUGAAUAAAAUUUUAUGAAAUUCGUAUAUGUAUAUAAAAAUUAACGACAAUAUAGGAUACAAUGUAUAUACAAAAUUGAUAAAGCAGUGUUAUUGAUGACGACGAUAUGAUUGUUGUUGGAAAUAUAAUAUAUUUAUAAUUA